AUGAAGCGAUUGCACCAGCUGUUCGCCGCCGGAGUGGGUUUGUCUUCGGUUGCGCACGCCGUCAACACUCUCGUUCACGUCGGUUACGCGAAGUACCAAGGUGCCGUCGUCGACUCCAAGCUCGGAGUUUCUGCCUGGAAAGGUAUACAGUAUGCCGCGCCACCAACUGGCGACCGACGGUUCGCAGCACCGCAGGACCCUAUCGUCUCCGGUCUCAUCAACGCCACUAAACAUGGAGCAACGUGUCCUCCCAGUCGUCCGGAUGAUUGGACUGUAUCUGGGACCAACCAUCGCUUUACCAUUGCGGAAGACUGUCUCUACUUGAGCGUAUAUGCGCCUUCGGAGGCCCGCGUCGACUCGAAGCUGCCAGUCGUGGUGUUCUUCCAAGGAGGUGGCUUCACGUCCCAGUCGAGUGCAAACUGGGAUCCUACAGAGAUCGUAGCAGAUGGUCAGGUCGUUUUUGUUCAGUUCAGCUACCGCGUUGGCUUGUAUGGUUUUCUCAGCAGCAAAGCGGUCAAAGCAGGGGGUGGCGAUGUCAAUGCUGGACUACGUGACCAGAUCAAGCUGCUCGAAUGGGUUAAGGAGCACAUUGAUCGGUUCGGCGGUGACCCAAACCACGUUGUUCUCGAUGGUGUCAGCGCUGGCGGGUCUUCUGUUGCGCUCAUGAUGGCAGCAAACACAGGCAAGAAGCUGUUCGCUGGUGCCAUCAUGGAAUCGGGCGGCUGGGUCACAAUGCGUACUCCGGAGCUGGGCGAGGAGCAAUACCAGUGCCUGCUCAAAGACAAGGGUUGCGCCAACGCGACGGACGGCCUCUCGUGCCUACGCGCACUCAACGAGUCGGCCAUUCGCUCUUCCAAUUGCUGGUUUAACCCCAACAUCGAUGGCGACCUUUACACCGACUCGCUCGUAAAUCUCUUCAACCAGGGAAAGUACGCCAAGGUACCGACAAUUAUGGGCACUUGCGCUCAAGAAGGCACCAAGUACAAUGCGCCAGAGAAUCUUAACACCACAGCGGAUGCAGUCAAAUGGGUAGCAAAUCAGGACCCAAGUCUCAGCAAUUCUUCCAUCUCCAUCAUCGACGAUCUCUACAUGAAGCCGACGAAGCCCUCAUUUUCCGGCAAGGGACUCUACUGGCGCAACGCCGCCGACGCCAUCGGCGAUAUUGGAACCCACUGCCCAACUCGCAACAUGCAGAAUGCAAUCGCACGCGACGAUGUACCAACAUACAACUACAAGUAUGCCGUUCAGGACCCUACCGAUGAGGCAGCCGGUUAUGGCGCCUGGCAUACCGUCAACGUAUACGCUUUCUGGGGCGUGGACCGCACCGACGGUGGCGAGCCACGCAGCUACUUCACCACCAACGCGCCCAUCAUUUCCCAGGUGCGCAGCUACUGGACCAGUUUUAUCCGGAACUUGGAUCCCAAUACUGACUGUGCCAGCCGUACGGUUGAAUGGAAGCCGUACACCGGUCCGGACUCUCGUGAAAGGCUCUUCAUCCAGACGAACAACACCAAGAUGGAGCGUAUGAGCCCUGCGCAAGCAUUGAGGUGUGAUGUUGUUAGACCCAUGAGCGAUAACCUCGGUAAACCAAUUGGGAAAGGUGUAGUCACGGAGUUUGAUGUGAAGUUGGCGAAACAGGUCAACGGGACAAGUGAGAGUACUGCAUGGAAGAAGGAGAAGAAGUAG